GACAGGAAACCAGUGUUUCAAGAGGAAAUUUGAUCACAUCUCUAGAUAACGCAGGUAUCCUAAACAAGUGUGCGAGUGAGUGCCUGCAGGCUUUAAGCUGCUGCCAGGAGCACAUAGUUUUUGGAUUGGUAAGAACUGCCAAAUGACGCUUCAUGAAAUAUAAAUGGAAGAAAGACUCGGAGAGAGCAAUAAAAACCCUCCACCCUUCAGUCUAGGAGGACCAGGGGAAGAAGUUCCGCAGCUACAGGAGAUGGCUCUGGGGAUUCCAAUGGCAGUCUGCCUCCUGUUCAAAGCAAUGGCGGCCGCGCUGACCGAGGAAGCAGAAGCACUCGUGAUGCCUCCUAGCACAGCGCAGCAGAGCAACUGGACGGUCAACAACACGGAAGCGGACUUCAUAGAAGGACCUGUAGCACUGAAGUUCCCCCACCCUUGUCUGGAAGACCAUCAUAGCUACUGUAUUAAUGGAGUGUGCGCAUUCCACCAUGAGCUGAAGAAAGCCAUUUGCAGAUGCUUCACUGGUUACACGGGAGAAAGGUGUGAGCAUUUGACCUUGACUUCAUAUGCUGUGGAUUCUUAUGAAAAGUACAUUGCAAUUGGGAUUGGUGUUGGAUUGUUAAUUAGUGCCUUUCUUGCUGUCUUACAUUGCUACAUAAGAAAAAGGUGUCUAAAUCAGAAAUCACCUUACAUCAUCUGCUCUGGGGGGAGACCAUUGUGAGACCUUAUAAGGCAUCCUCAUCAAGUCAAUGGGGACUCCAAUGGAGAUCUUCAGAUGAUACGGAAUGUACCAAGCUAACUUGAAAAUAAUGGAGGUUUGGGCGACAAUGCAAUAAGAGGAUAAAACUGAACAUUGGUUCUUAGUUUUACCAUCUUUGGGUGCCAUGAGUGCUAUGUGAACAAGCUACACAGAAGCCAAUGUCACAACCCUCCCUUGGGCUUGUUAUUGCGUGGUCAUUGUCACUGCAGGAGGACUUGUUCCAUGCUUCUGAUCAUCUCAGAUGUGAGUUUUCAUUUUAACUGUUUACCCCACAUCCAGUCAAAGUAAUGAAUGCCGUGCCUGAGUUCUUCAUGUACUCAACAUUUGGGGCCACCUGUUUCAAUGGACCUGAUCCCAAACCAUCUGUCCUGAUGGUAUUUCAGGGAAUUUGGUAUCAACUUUCAAAUGAAACCAAUGAAUGGGUCUUUGAGUGAACCAAAAAAUGCAUUUAACCUGAACCACUGGAAGAAAAUGGAGUAUCCAGGGCAAGCAUCAAUCACACCCAGCUGUGACAACAGUGUGGAGACUUUAUUUGUGGAGUUUGGAAUAAGCAAAUGAAUUCUUGAAGACUGCAAGUCACCUGGAUAGCAAGUCCUGAGUUGGCAAAACUGUCAUUUCUGGAUGGAUUAUAAAACCUUGUGCUGAGCUAAUCUGUCCCUUGAUGCUUAUCAUCUUAUCCUUCCAUUGGAAGGCUCACCUGAUGUCCUUCACUUGAACUGAAGUCCUAGAAUUCAUCUAACAACCAAAAGCUUCGAAUUGAUCCCUAAAUGGAAGCUGAAAACUAGCUAUAGGAUAUGGAAUGUUACCACUUUUGAUUGAUUGAUAACAUAUUUGCACAUAGAUAAAAAUGAAACAAUGGUAGAAAUACUUAGUUGGUAAUCAGGAUCCUUCUUUUGAACUGUGUUUCUGCCAUAAGAUCAAGUCUUGGGCAAGUCUUUUACUUUCUUUGGGCUUUGGCUGCAUUUUCUACAAGACCCUUGUAGCUCUAAAAUUGAACUGUAGGAGAAGAUAAAAACCAAACUCCUAUAUUUGUGCUUCAAGUCAGAUUAUCUUCAACACUUUCAUUAUCAAUCCCAUCUCUAACCCCAAAAUACCCCUGAAUAUUAUCCUAAGUAUAUAUUUUAAUGUUCACUUUGUAAGAUAAUAAUUUAUUUUUAGAAAAAAUACAAAAUGAAAUUACAGACUAAUAACAACUACUGUUUUCUCUUUCUGGAUUUAAUCUAGAACUAUGGCCUUAUUUCUGUUUCUCAUAAGCAGAACUUGAGAUUAAUUAAAAGUCAUACUUGAAUUCUUACAAUAGCAAAGUCCCAUGCAUAUAUUGAUAUAGCUUUUAAUCCACACUUUAGGUACAUUACAUUCUGCUUUCCUUUGAGAGAAGGUGUUUCCUUGGCUUUUUUUUUCCUCCAGAAGAAUGUACUGCAGCUGCGUUGCAUGUCAGCACUUUCUGCAAGUGCAAAGUUACAUCAUGCCAAGGGGUGGGGAGUGACAGUUCCACCCAGUGACUCCAGCAACCACACCUAGAAAGCUACCUCUUCCUGAGCAUUUAAAAAAAAUGUAGAAAAAGCCAAGGAGAGUCCAGGAAGAAACAGUGGAAGCCUACUUUCAGUUGACUAAGAACUACCUCUUGAGGAAAGAAAAAAGGGAUUUCUGCUAUGUCUGGAGAAGUGACACCAUUAAUGGUCAUACACACUUACAGUCUGUAAGUGCUUACCAAUUUCAAACACAGUAACCUGAAAUUAGAGUAUCAGUUAUGACUUCUAGAUAGCCAAAUCAAAAUAUUAACCAAAAUAAGCAGUAAUACAUAUCUAAUAUUCCUCACUCACUGCAUACUAGUUAUUAACAAUGUAAAACACAUCCAGCCAAACAACACGGAAACUUAGAGCCAAGUUUAUGAAAACUAUCUGUUUAUGGGCUAGUGUAUAAAAUGAUCUUUUGAUCUUGUAACUACUGGGGUUACUUGUGCAGAAAAGACUCUCUGGCAUGCCUACAGAGCCAGAGGAACAUCUGGUAACAUCUGCGCACAUGAGAAAAACUGAAAUACAUAUACAAUAAGAUUCUGAGAAGAAAAAGUCAAUGUCAAUAAAGCCUUUGCCUCAGAACUACAUUUUCAACUCUGUAGGUGGAUUAUAUGAUGACAUGUUUCUGGUGUCUGUGACAAAACCAAAUAGUCCAAGAAGUUCAACUUCUUCCAUUCCCCUGUUUUGUCUUCCUGUGUCCACCCUUCAGUCCUUUGAGACUACAUUCUUAGGUCAUCUAAAUUCGUGAGUACCUCAGUAUGUAGUACUUUAGACUAGGCGGGGAUGGACAAACGCUGUGAUACCAGCCAUACCAAGCUAAUCAUUUUACAAAAAAGGAUUUACAACAACUUUUCACUGUAACCCAAGUUAGCUUUUUAUGUAAUCAUUUGUUCAUAGGAUGAAAUCAUAAAUUAAUCCAUCUUUUAGUAUUUCCUGUGACCAUGCAGAUCUAAUCCUUUAAUUUUGACAUGUUCAUUUUGGUGACGUCAAUAAGAUUUCCCUUCAUUAUAUUUAAUUGAAAAAAAAUGUCUUAAGAAAAUAAAAGACAAACAUCAGCAAUUUAAGCUAUUGAUGUGGAAGACAAAGAUAAUUCAUGUGUGCAGAAGACUCCGAGUAAGCCAUCUAACUUCUAUACCU